ACUCCACCUCUACUCUGCAAGCUUUCAUUUUCGCUGCGCAACCCCUCCAAAACAUGAGCUCCAAUCAGUUCGAGCUCGCGCAACCGCCCAGCGACGCCGUCUCUGCCGUCAAGUUUGCGCCGGAUAGCUCCACGCGGUUGCUCGUCUCCUCCUGGGACAAGCAUGUCUACCUCUACGAUACACAUUCACAGCCUGGUGGGGAGCUGAUUCGCAAGGUUGAGCAUCGUGCGCCUGUAUUGGAUGUCUGCUUCGGCAAGGAUGACAACGAGGCCUUCAGCGCCGGGUUGGAUUGGGACGUCAAGAGGAUUGACCUUGAAACCGGUGAAAGCUCAGUUCUGAGUUCUCAUGAUGCGGGAGUCAAGUCCGUCGUCUACGACCCCAACCACAAACUCCUUGUUUCUGCCUCGUGGGAUUCUACGCUCCAUAUCCACUUUCCCGAAGACCCCACGCACCCUUUCAGUAUUAUCGACCUCCCAAACAAGCCGUUCUCCAUGUCCGUCUCGAACAGCAAGCUCGUCGUCGCCAUGGCUAACCGCACCGUGUACAUUUACGAGCUUCAAGCAUUGUCAUUGAUGGCGUCGCAGGCCACAGAUGAACCUCCCAACAACAAACUCACUCUUGAGCCUUGGCAGAGGCGCGAGAGUUCGCUCAAGUUCAUGACUCGUGCUGUUGCAUGCAUGCCCAAUGAUGACGGGUAUGCCAGUAGCAGCAUUGAGGGCCGUGUAGCCGUCGAAUGGUUUGACCCCUCACAGGAAUCACAGGCACGCAAGUAUGCUUUUAAGUGUCACCGCCAAGUCAUGGAAGGGGUCGAUACUGUUUACCCUGUCAACGCGCUUGCUUUCCACCCACCAUUUGGCACCUUUGCUUCUGGCGGCGGGGAUGGCGUCGUCGCAUUAUGGGAUGGUACUGCGAAGAGGAGGAUAAGACAAUAUCAAAGAUAUUCGACAAGUGUGGCAGCUCUGUCCUUCUCCAAGGAUGGAAAAUACUUGGCUGUGGGCAUCAGCCCGGGAUUCGAGGAUGGCCAGGAGGACAUGCCAGAGGGCGCUGUCAAGGUUUUUGUAAGGGAAUUGAGCGAGACUGAAGCUAAGGGCAAGAGCAAGUAAACUGUUUUAAGGCCAUGGAUUACCUAGGGAGUAAGGAGUUGGCGAAAAGGUCCUUGGCGGCAUACCCAUCCACAUAUUAUGGCCUAAGGACUAGUUCGCACGGGUCUUACAUGUUUUACGGUUGUAUUUGCCGAAUAGACUACCGGCAUAUAUAGCUUAAGAAGUGUAAUGGCCUUUGGGUUGUUUGCUUACUAUCGGACGUCUCGCUGUUAUCGGGAUGAUGGAAGAGCUAGUACUUUCUAAGUAGGUUCACGCGGGCAACCUAGCUAUCUUUCCCCAC